UAUAUGUCAACUUUGACGAACUUUGGUUUUAAUUCCCACUCUCACUGGUUUUCGGAAGGAAGCCAUGUUUUCAUCGUCUGAACGAUUUGAUAUGGGUUCGAGUCGCGGUGAAGCUUAUGCGACUGAUUAUGACAAAAAUGACAAGUUUAGUCUUAAAAUUUCAACAGCUUUUGUACUUACAUUGUUAGCGGUAGCUAUUGCAGUAUGUGUUGGACUUAUUGUUCAUUUUGCUGGUGGGAAUAAAAAUGUAAUUUGCCAAUGUUCAUGUCCAGGAGACGGUUCCAACUCAGGUGGUCAGAGUGGUUGUCCGGAACAAACAACUUUACCGAAUACAUGUACACCAUGUUCGAAUGUAACACAAACUCCACCAGUGGACAUUACAACGACAGAAGCGCCGACAACCGAUCGCGAUCCCACAAUCACAGACGACGUGUUGUUACCUACAUCAUUAGAACCUGUCCACUACAAUGUCGUGCUCCGUCCGAAUUUGUAUGGAGGCGACCCCAAACAGUUUACCUUAAAUGGGUCGGUCCGAAUAUAUUUCAACUGUAUAGAAAGUACAAAUAAUAUAACAAUUCACAUUCAAAACUUGAAUGUAACAGGUGAUUCAAUAGACGUGCGCGAUAUGACGAAUCAACAGAUCCCUCUGCUGCAUAAUUAUACUAGGGACGAUUCUGCGCGACACUUCCUGAUAAUAACGUUGGAUAAAAACCUUGUGGCUGGCAUGAGUUAUUCCGUAGAAAUGUAUUUUAAUGGACCAUUGCAAAAUGAAGAUUUAUCUGGAUUGUAUUACAGUAGUUACAUGGAGGGUAGUCAAACGAGAUAUAUGGCUAUCACACAGUUUCAACCAACAGAUGCUAGGAAGUCUUUCCCUUCUUUUGAUGAACCAGGCUUGAAAGCCACGUUUAAUAUUACCCUAGAGAGACGAAAUGAUACUGUGUCAGACAUGAUAACAUUAUCAAAUAUGCCAAAGAUCGACACAGUACAAAGCACUGGUGGAUAUUAUGCUGAUAUAUUCGAGGAAACCGUUGUUAUGCCAACUUAUCUUUUGGCAUUUGCAGUUUGCGAUUUUCCACAUAAAGUAAACACAACCAAAUAUAACCACACGUUCCGGACAUUUGCCAGAAAGGAGUAUAUAGAACAUACCAACUACUCACUGUGGGUUGGUAGCAGACUUCUAGAUGAAUUCGAAGACUAUUUUGAAAUUGCGUAUCCGUUACCAAAACUAGAUAUGAUCGCUAUACCUGACUUCUCUGCUGGAGCUAUGGAAAAUUGGGGUCUUGUUACGUACAGAGAAAGUAUAAUGUUUUAUCAUCCUGACAUAUCCACAGUCAGUCAGCAUAUCUUUACAGCAAUUGUUGUCUCACAUGAGUUAGCUCAUAUGUGGUUUGGAAAUCUGAUAUCCCCAAAAUGGUGGGACGAUCUUUGGCUGAAUGAAGGCUUUGCCACAUUUUUUGAGUAUGUUGGAGUAGAUAUGGUGGAAACUGAUUGGGAUAUGAUGAACUACAUGGCAUUAGACUGUAUACAAUAUUCCUUUGACACUGACAGCCUGGAAAGUUCUAGACCUAUAUACCAACAAGUUUGGACACCGAAUGAUAUCAAUAAUAUCUUUGACGUCAUUACAUACUAUAAGGGAGCCUCUGUCAUUCGGAUGAUGUGGUUUUUCCUGGGAAAAGAAAACUUCCGUCGAGGGCUUCGGGAUUACAUCAAAAGUAGAGAAUAUGGCAGUGCACAACAUGACGAUCUGUGGAUGGCAUUAUCAGCUGAAUCAAAAGCUAAUGGAACUAAUAUAGAUGUCAGAAGAGUAAUGGAUACAUGGGUAGAACAGAAAAACUACCCUCUUAUCACUGUUACAAGUACAAGUACUGGUUUCAAGUUAACACAGCAACGUUUCCUACUUAGAAACAGCAGUCAAGACAAUCAAACAUAUUUAUGGGAAAUUCCAGUUACUUACACGACAAAUGUACAUCCAGAUUUUGAACAAGAUUAUCGGAAUAUUACCUGGAUGAAUACGACAGAUAUAACCAUCGUGGUUAAUGAAACUGCACAUAGCAACUACAGCUGGAUUAUUUUUAAUAUCCAAGAAUAUGGUUACUUCCGAGUAAACUAUGAUAUAGCCAUUUGGAAAAAAAUAAACGAACAACUUAAUCACAAUCAUAAUAUUAUUCACGUGGUAAACAGAGCUGCUCUCAUAAGUGAUGCGUGGGCUUUUAAUAAAGCAGGCAUUUUGGAUAUAGAGACUGCUUUGCACACGUUGGAUUAUCUAAAUAACGAAACAGAAUAUAUUCCUUGGGGAGCAGCAGUAAAAGAAUUAGCAUACCUAGAUAGAAUGUUGGUUUCAACACAAGUUUAUGGAAAUUUUGAACGCUUCAUGAUUGACAAAGUUAACAAGACUUUUAUGGAACACCAGCUCAAUAUAUCUAUAAAGCAGUCAGUUCAGAAAAUAUUGCUUCAGAGUUCUGUAGCCAGUCGUGCAUGUAAAUAUGGUAUUAAAACAUGCACAGAUGAGGCUACGAUGAUAUUCAAUGCAUGGAGAGACAAAAUAGAAGAAUACAUCAUAGCCCCAGAUAUAAGACGAACUGUAUUAUGUACAGCUCUGAGACAUGGCAGUUCAGAAGACUGGGAUUUCCUCUUCAGUAGAUAUGCUAACAGUUCCUCCAAUGAUCAAAGAACUUACUUAGAUGCAUUGAGCUGUUCUACAGACAACUGGGUUUUACACAGGUAUCUUGAUUAUAGCAUAGGAAGAGGCGACUCAACAAUUCGAUCACAAGAUGCUCGUUUUGCAAUCUUGGCUGUAGCUUCAAACCCUCUAGGUCUGCAAAUGACUUGGAGGUUUGUUCGUUCGAAUUGGAAGUUUAUUGUCGAAAAGUCUGGACUGGACAGUUAUGCGCUAAAUCAGAUUGUUUUUGGAAUGGCAAGGUUAUUGUAUACAAAUUAUGAUAUAGCAGAGGUUGAAAAGUGGGAAACAGAACACUUGGAGUUAGCUAAUUCUUUAAAAUUAAAUGGAUUUAAACAAGGAAUUGAAACCAUUAAUAAUAAUAAAGCCUGGGUCGAUCACAAUUAUGAUGCUAUGGCAGGUUGGCUAGAGACAAAUUAUCCUAAUAAGAACUUGUGACAGUAAUAUUAGAAAAUGGAAUCAAAUUGUGCAUUUUGUUAAGAAAAGAAAGCAAUUACUCUGGGAUUUGUUCGUAAUUUUUUUUAGAAUUUGUGUUGUGUUCCCUGUUCUCGAUGCUUCUUAUUUGCUUUGUCAGUAUUUUAGAUCUGUCGAACAUAUAUUAAUAUCACUACAUGUUUAAAUUACUUAAUAUCUUAUGCUUAACAUCGACAAUAAUUAUAAGAAGGUAUUAAAUUGGCUAUAAUAUAAAAAAAAAUUGAUAACAUUCCUUUUCAUGUAUCCAUUUUGUAAUUCUUCCGAUUUAUGAUUAUAAUUUUAUGAAUUGCCAUUACUUUGCCUCUUCGUAGUUGUUUCUGUUCCAUUUUUAUGUUGUAUUAU